AUGGCGCAAGAUACUGCUUCAGAGGGGACGGUGGCUAUGCCUCGCCUCGAGGAUAUCCUCCGUCAUCCCGAGGACCUGGACAAGAUCCCCGUAUUGAAAGCGGAAUACACACGCAAGAAGGCCGCUGUCGAUUCACAACUUCGAGAAGGCCUCAGGGAUCAAUUGGAGAGAGUGCAGCGCAGUAUCAAUACUCUUACUGAAGGCCAGAGGCAGGUCUCGAAGACAAAAGACGAACUUCAGGGGAUAGACAAACUGUGCGCGGAAUCGCAGGCCAGCGUGGACGAUUUCUCGCAGAUAGACAAGCUGGCACACGUGCAGAGGAACUUCGAAGCAACUUUGAUGAUGAAAGAGUCUUUGGAGAAGUUUAGCGAAGAUCUUGCUGAAGUUGAGGAGCUUCUGAAGGCGGAUGACGAAGAUCUAGAGAACCAGCCGAACCUGCUCAGAGUGCACAUGCAGAUCUCUCGACUGAGAGAUUUCCGGGAUGAGGCGAUGGAUCAGAUCCGAAAGGCUGAUGCGAGUAGCCAGACAACGUUGGAGGAUUACUUCCAGGGAUUGGAUUCCGUUAUCGACUGGUUCGAUGACCAUCUGGGGACGGCUUGCAUGAACCUCAUCCCGCUCGUACAGUCGGAUAAUAAAAGCAUGGUGGUGCGGCUUGCGGUUGUUGUUAUGAAUGAGGAGAAAAAUGAUGAUACCGUUCGCGCGCUGCAGGAGGCUCAAAAGGAUCACAGGGACCUGGCUAAUCGGUUCAAAUCGAUGAACGUGGGUCCCAAGACGGUCAGGGGCUACAAGGAGAAGUUCAUGAUGGCCAUUGAGCUCUACGCACAAACCCAGUUCGAUGCCACCAAGGAUGAGUUCCUCGGUGAUCCGGAUACUUUGGACAAGACCCUCCGGUGGUUCUUCGAUGACCUCUUCACAGUCAAGCAAGGAAUGCAGUCGCUCAUGCCGAAGAAGUGGAAGAUCUACAAUGUCUACACUGAAAUCUACCAUCGGCUCAUGCAUGACUUCCUCGUUGGUCUGAUUGAUGACCCAGAGCUACCUCCGGAUAAUCUCCUUGCCAUCAUUCACUGGACCGAGAAGUAUUACAAGAAGAUGCAGAAGCUGGGCUGGAAACAGUCGGAGCUCCAGCCAAACGUCCUCGACGAUCGGGAGCCCGCGUUGGUUCAGCAAUGGCAGAAUAUUAUCAUUCACGCCGUAGAGGAAUGGAUGGAUAGGAUAUUCGAGGCGGACAAAAAGGCACUCGUCGAGCGGAGCGCAGACUUGCUCAACACAAAUGGCGACGGCUACUUCCGUACAAAGUCUCUCCCUGAUAUGUGGCGUAUGCUUCACGAGCAGAUCGUGGCCUCCGGAGCCUCUGAUCGGACUGAUCUCGUCGAAGGCAUCAUCGAUGCCAUGUUCCGAGUCCUCAAGAGUCACCAGUCGUCAUGGCAAACUCUCAUUGAAGAGGAAUGUAACAAGUACAAGACCCCCACCAGCGACCAGGAAGGCAUGCAACUACUGCAGGAUUGGCUCGUUGCUGUGGCCAACGACCAGAUCGCAUGCAUUGAUGACAAUGAUGAAUCGGGGCAGGUUGGCUACCUGACUCGAUUCAGGCGCGACUUCGAAUCCCUCGUAGACCCCAAGUACCUGAUCUCACGAGCAGUCCCUGAACUCGAUUCCAUUCGCGACUCCUACGUGGACCUGAGCACAUAUUGCCUCACGCAGUUCGUGCAACUUAUCUUCUCCGUCGACUUCCGCACAACCCUCCCGGACUUCUUCACGCAGAAAUGGUACGGCGAAUUCACCGUCAAGCGCAUCACAUCCACGUUCGAGGACUACAUGUCCGACUACUCCCCUGUCCUCCACCCAUCCCUGAUCGACAUCCUAGUUGAGGAACUCUCCGAUGAACUCCUAGUCCGCUAUCUCUCCUCCGUCCGCAACAAGGGCGUCAAAUUCCGCCGCCACAUCGACCCAUAUACGGACAAAUUUACCGAUGACGUCCUCACCGUCUUCGCCUUCUUCCAGCAGUACCCUGACUCCUUCGCUGCCACCAUCAAACAGAAGUGGAAACUGGUCGAUUGGCUCGUACGGUUACUCGAUGCCGAAAAGGGCGCUCCCAUUGUCACUGUCUACGAGAGCUUCAAGAUGGAGUAUUGGGAUCUGCAGCUUUCUUGGGUAGAAGCUGUUCUGCGGACCAGAGAUGACUUCGAGAGGAGCAUGAUUAGUUCUAUCAAGGCCAAGGCGGCCGAGUUGUCCGUGGAGAGAGGUCCGGAGACGAUUAUGAGUCGGUUGAGAUAG